AAAUCAAUGACGGAUGCAGAAUCGUGCAAAUCAUCAUUGGAAGAGUUGACACCAAUUCAGAUACAACUCCAAUUUCUUCUUGUGCAUUCCACGACUUCAAACUCUGUACUCUUGUUCUUCCUCCUUUUUAUAAUGGCUGCCAAACAACCAUCUUCAAGAUGGUGGUUCUGGACCAAGGUCCUGAUGGGUGGCGCUGUUGUCGCAGUCGGCGGACCAGCCUUUACAAUGUGGUUAACUCCUACUGAGGAAGAGCUUCGAUCGAGAUACAACCCCGAAUUGCGGAAGAAGAGUUUGGAGAACCGUGAGGAGCGACAACAAGAGUUUGACGACUUUGUGACUCGACUGAAGGAAUACUCCAAGUCGGAUAAACCCAUCUGGAUUGUUGUGAAAGAGGAAGAGGAGCGAAAGCGCAAGGCCGCCGCCGCUGCCGCGAAAGCGUCUCAGAAGGAUGCAGAUACUCGACGAGAAGAGAUGAGGAGAGAGGCAGGCCUUGACGCAAAAUAGAGCCGUUGAUGGGAACCUAAACUGAAUGCCUUUUAUGCUUGUAAGAUCAUAUGGUGUGAUGAAGGACGGCUCAUGUAUAACAGCUGAAUCACAUAGGAAACUUGGUACCUAGUUGCAGGGGUGAGUAAAUUCUUUGGAGUUCUUGGAAUCAACAUUCAACUGCUUUCAUUCGAAAACCAAGAUGAGAUCAUAUUUCAUU